AUGUCUCAAUCUCCAGACCUCACCUUUUCAACCUUUCCCGCGCCCAGCAAAUCGACCACCAGCACAAUCGCCAGCAUACCCACCCAGAUAACCGCCCUAAACUUCUCCGACAAACUCGUCCUCACAAUCUCUCAAUCCGGCCGCCUGAAUCACUGGCUCCACGUUCCCCUCUCCGGAGGUCGCCCUCUAGACAGCGGUUUCUUGAACCCAUCUUCUGAGACAGACGUCGAUGCGAGUCUGUUGCCUUUCGCGCAUUUGACUGCAACUACCGUCUUGGGAGGCACAAGAGGAGAAUUUGAGGUUUUGGGACAGACUUUGGCGACGACGCUUGCUACGGCGCUGUUGAUGAGGAAUCCUGAUGAGCAGAGGAUGCUUGUUGUGGGUCUGGGUUUGGAAAAGGCUGAUCAGGGAAGAGAGGCUUUUGAUGAGUUGAUUGGUGCUUGCUUGGAGUGUUUGUGA